UUUAUCAUGGCCUAGCCGCAGUAAGCGAGAUUGUAUUCCUGUUGAGCAAGUUAUAGAUGAAAUUGAUGUUGAUGCUAGCGAUGUAAGCCUAGAUGGCCCAAGUGAUGAGUCGGAUAGAGAUGAAGUGUAUGACCCAGGUAAUAUUGAUAAUUUAGAGAGUAGUGACUCUGAAAGUGACCAUGAACACUUAUCAGAAGUGAGUGACAAAUCCAGUGGUGAUGAUGAUGUACCUCUCGCACAAAUAUUGGCCAGCGCCACAAAGGGAAAACCAAGACAAAAUAUACAUGGAGAAAAAAAGAUUUCGUAG